UCCUUCUGUUAGCUCCGAGCUAGCUUUUCCUCAGUUCACCGUGUUAGGGUACACACACACACACACACACACACGGCGGUGUUGUUAAGCUGUCUGUGUAUACUCUACAUCUUUCUGUAGCCUAAGGAAACGAGGGAUUCCGGUUCUAUUUUCCCAAGUAAAUAGUGCCACCGAAUGCGCUAUAACGAUAUCCUCCGUGUAUAAACCCCCCCUCGGUGUUUAAGUUUAGACAGGGUGAGAAGUUAGCACGUCUGUCUUCCUGACGCAUUUGUUUCGUGUGUUAUUAUGGACACAAGUUUUCCUCCGGCAUGCAGUUCAAUCAAACCUCGCACAGCUGUGGGCUUCUUCAUGUGAAGCUCUUUAAAUAGACCGAACAGCGGUAGGUUAUUAAAAAAAAAGGAAAAGGGAAAGCCACACACUUGCGUUAUAAUGUAUCAGUUAGAGAGCGCGUGCGAUUUGCUAACACGAAUAAUGGAUUAUUUGUGAAGUAAUGCUGGUGGGAUUUCUUCAUGUUGGGAGUUGAGGCAGGAAUAGAGGCAGGUGCAAUAAGCCAUGAAGUUUAUUAGGCUCACCAAAAAAAAAAAAAUUUGGUGUGUUUCCUAAAAAACCUGGCAGAUGUUCCCAGAUUAUUAUUUAGAUAACCUUUCCAAGCUACAGCCUGCUAAAACUACUGCAUUUGUUUAGAUUAUAAUAAGUAAGGAAACACUGCAAAGGUGCUUCUGAACUUCAGAAUUAGUUAGUUUUAUUUUUUUUCUUUAAACUAAACUGUAAAUAAUGGGUUUGAGUUUGAUUUUGACGAUGCAUUAUUAUUAUUAUUAUUAUUAUUAUUAUUAUUAUUAUUAUUAUUAUUAUUAUUAUUAUUUUUACUACGUGAAGCCCAUGAAGGAGGACAUAAGUGAUUAAGGGUAAAAACAUGGAGUUCAACUAAGCCUUAAGUAGUCCCAUUAAAGAAGCUUUUUGUUAAAGCCCUGUUCAUGAGGUCUAUAGGAUCACUCCCUUUGUCCAUUAUUUCAUUUUCCCCUCCUCAGCGAGUCGUCCAGAGGGUGAGGAGAAUGAAUGACAGUAAUGGUGCGGCCGGUGAACCAUGAAGAAGUCGAAAACAAUAUCAGCUGCGUGGAUCUGUCAUUUGCAAAUGCACUGUGCCGGCCUUUGUUUAUGGUUACUGGAAGGAGAGCAGUGAGAAAGAGAAUGAGUGAGAGAGUGAGAGUGAGAGUGAGAGAGAGAGAGAGAGAGAGAGGGGAAAAGAAAAAAAAAACUUGAGGGUAUUUAAAUUCUCUGUGCAGGAAACUAGGUUAGAAAAAAAGUGUCGGCUUUCACGCAGACCUAUUUUCUAAAGUUCGCCUUUGCCGGGAGAUUACAAGUGAAGGGGGGGGAGUUGGCCGGUUUUCCACAGAAUCACCUCUCAACAGUUCCUUUCCCCCCCACACACACCCCUCCUUCGCCUUUUUAAAGGGAGAGAAAGAGAAACAAAGUUGUAUAAAGGAGAGGCUGGUGGCAAGAGUGUAGAGGAGUAGCAUAUGGCACUAAAAGGAGCACAGCUGGAGGUAGCAUUUCCAUCUGAACAUGAUGUCAGAGCAGCUGACAGGCUGCCAUCCCCCAGUCUUUUCUUCUGCCGCACAGACUGCGAGUUAGUGUGUGUGCGGAUCUGUGUGCAGGAGGAGGCAUCGCGUUCCCCUCCAACAUCUCCUCCACUUUGCAUCUGUCCCUCGCAGUUUGAAUUUUUUUUCCUGCUCCCUAUCUCUCUCUCUCUCUCUCUCUCUCUCUCUCUCUCUCUCUCUCUCUCUCUUGCACACACACACUCUCUCUCUCUCUCUCUGUCUGUCUUUCUCUCCUCCUCCUCCUACUAGCCCUUCAUUGAUUUUGAGAAGGGAGCUACAGCAGGCGCUACCACAACAGUGGACUUAAUCAAGUUGAUGCGAACCGCAGGUUAUGAAGACAGCAUGGAGUUUCCGGACCACAGCAGACAUUUACUGCAGUGUCUGAGCGAGCAGAGGCAUCAGGGCUUCCUGUGCGACUCCACCGUCCUGGUGGGCGAUGCCCAGUUCCGUGCCCACCGCGCCGUGCUGGCCUCGUGCAGCAUGUACUUCCAUCUCUUCUACAAGGACCAGCUGGACAAGCGGGAUGUGGUGCAUUUAAACAGUGACAUUGUAACGGCGCCAGCUUUCGCACUGCUCCUCGAGUUCAUGUACGAGGGCAAGCUGCAAUUCAAGUCCCUGCCCGUGGAGGACGUGCUGGCUGCCGCCAGUUAUCUGCACAUGUACGACAUCGUUAAGGUGUGCAAAAAGAAGCUGAAACACAAGGCCACGGCCGAGGCGGACAGCACCCGGCGCGAGGAGGACGCCUCCAGCUGCUCGGACCGAGCCGAGAGCCUCUCAGAAGGCGGCAGCGCCAACCUGCUGGCCAGCGACGACGAUGAGGACGAGAGCAAGAGAGACAACCAGUGCCCGCAGGAGCCGGCCAGGAUGUGGGCACGGCUGGCGUCAGAGCGCACGGCCAGCCCCGGAGAGGCCGAGGCGCAUGGCAAGUCGCCUGCUGCCGCUGCCGCGAGUCCCAGCAGCUCUACGGGUUCACUCUGCCCAACUGGUGACUGUGCACUCGACCUGUCUGUAAAAUCAAGCAUUAGCGCCACUCCAGGUGAAGCCAGGAACCCGUACUUGUGCGGGUCGGCGACUCCAGACAGUCUGCACAGCGCUCUGGUGCAAGUGAAGGUGGAGAAAGACACAGGCUCAGACGACGACGAGCUGCCCAGCACCGAGUACGAGAUGGAACACAGCGGUUUGAAGGAGGAGACGCCAAAUGCUAACGGCAUGCACGUCGGGCACAACGGACACAGCGUCCAGCGGCUAGGACUCGGCCUGGAGGCACACCUGACUGCACUGCGAGAGGCCUCUCUGGAGCGUGACAGCAAGGACGAGGGAGAUGGCGAGGUGCUAGGCGGUGAGGGUGACCGGGCACAGGAGAGCCCUCUGCUGCCCUACGUGUCCGGCAUGUUGGGCGCGGCGCACGCGCAGAUCUUCAUGUGCCCGCUGUGCAACAAGGUGUUCCCGAGUCCGCACGUGCUGCAGAUCCACCUGAGCACGCACUUCCGUGAGCAGGAAGGCGCACGCACUAAACCGACCUCCGGCGACGUCAACGUGCCCACAUGCUCCAUCUGCGGCAAGACGUUCUCGUGCAUGUACACGCUGAAGCGGCACGAGCGGACACACUCGGGCGAGAAGCCCUACACGUGCACCACAUGCGGCAAGAGCUUCCAAUACUCGCACAACCUGAGCCGGCAUGCCGUGGUGCACACGCGCGAGAAGCCACACGCCUGCAAGUGGUGCGAGCGGCGCUUCACGCAGUCCGGAGACCUGUACCGUCACAUCCGCAAGUUCCACUGCGAACUCGUCAACUCGCUCUCAGUGAAGAGCGAGGCGCUCAGCCUUCCCACUCUCCGAGACUGGCCACUCGAGGAUAGCUCGCAAGAACUGUGGAAAUGAAAGCAAACAAUAAACAAACGAAACUGCUUUUUAAGUUAAGACAGAGCGAGCAAGAGAGGCAGAGAGGUAAGGAAGUAGGGAGGCAGAGAGAUGGUUCAAAGGUCUGCAUCAGUCAUGUUUCUUAUAUAUACAUUGCUUAUCUCGUUAAAUUGCACUUUACUAGCACAUGAAAAUGUUACUACUGAUUUUUAUUUUCUGGUCAAUUUAGGUUGGUUUUGUUUGUUGUUUUUGUUUUCUUUCCUUUUCUUUGAUGAAACAUGGGCGAUGGCUACAGCUGUCACCUCUGACAUAAAAUGUGCAACUCUAGAUUUGACAGUGUAUAUACGUACACUUGUACACUCCUUGAUUUUAUUUAACAUCCAUGCCAUGAGAACGCAUCUGAAGAUUUCAGGUAAUACACUGAGGAAGUUCAAAACUGAGAACCAUUACACUAAACGGGUACUACGAUCUUCUAUUGACCUGUACACAUGAGGCUCAAUUCUGAGUAUGUGUAUAUAUAUCGUGCACUACUACUAUACGUUUAUUUUGCAAAUCUCAUACUGGUGUGUGAGAGUGGCUGCGUGUGUGUGUUUGUGUGUGUGAGAAUGUGUGUGCGUGUGUGUCUCCAUGCACGCAAACACAGUAUGUUAACAAGUAAGUCCUUUAAAUCCUGCGAGGAUGUUUGCUCGAAAAAGCUCCAAGCUUGUGUUAUUUAGGCUCUUGUAAGGUUUUUUUUUUUUUUUUUGGUUUGGUUUGUUUUUGGGACUUUGGUGAUAGGAAACCUGACUGAUAGAAGACAAAAGGCACUCAUGCAAUGUACAGCCUCCUUUUUUCAUAUCAACCAACACAUUUUUCUAUCAUUUAACGAUCGGGCUGAUGAGUUGAUGUCUUUCAUUUAGUUAGCAAAACCCUCAACACUUGUUUUCUGCUGAGAAUGGGGUUUCAUUUGCUGCAUUUCUAGCGAUUUCCGUAGUGUUUCAAGAAAUGAUUUCGGUUUGUUUUUCGGGGGAAAAAAGAAAAAAGGAAAAAAAAACUAAACAAAACAAAAAAAAAACCUGGGAUCUGUUGUUGCAUGAUGUCCAACCUGUAUAUUUAAGAAGAUGUGAAUUGCUGUAUUGCUGUACACUGUAAUAGACAGAGUCGUUACAGUCAGGGCACCCGUCUGUUUAAAUAAAAAAAAAAAUCUAUAUAUAUAUUAUAUAUUUACCUUAAUAUUACAGCUGUAGAAACUGCAUGAAUUUUAUUUAACUCUUAUUUCUGUUGUUUUGCAUUGGAAAGUGUAUUUUUUAAUUAACUCAUUUGCUUCCUAAGUAGUCUUUAUUUUUAAUUUUUUUUCUUCUUCUUUUUUUUUUUUUUUUUAAUUCUAUAAGCUCUCACUCGGAGAGCGACUCCUGUUGUACUGGGCUGUGAAGAUUGUGUUAAUGCACUGAUGUUAGGCUGCAGUACGUCUCUGGCCAACCGAUCUCGAGUGUGUCGCAUGGAGCCGGGUGUCAGCAGAGGCUUCACGUCUCUGAACAUCUUUUCCAAAGCUAGUGGCGCUCCUGCUUAGCACCUCCUCACACACUGCUGUUCUCCACUGCUGGUCUCCCAACUGCUGUCUCCGUCUCAUGUUUACUCGCUGUUAGCAUUUAAAAAGUGUCGCCUUUUUUUUUUUUUUUCUUUCCCUUUUUCUUCUUUUUUUUUUUUAGGGGUGUGUGUGUGUUUGUAAUUUAUUUAUUUAUCUGUUCGAUUGGCACUUGCAUCAAAUUCCAUGGCCACGAAGAUUCAGUUGCCAUGAAAACCCAUAUGACAGUGUGUUAGUUCCUCAGCAGAUCUACUGUGUAUGGCGAACACUGAAGAAUCAUCAAACAGCAUAAAGCUCCGAGUGUGUGUGUGUGUGUGUGCGCGCGUGUGUGUGAUUUGUAUAGUUCCUAUUUAACAGGAGAAAAUGUUUGCCAUGCUUGGUUGCACCUUUAAAAAUGAAAUUAGAUGCUGAAAAAGAUGCCUUUAAGAUUUUAACUCUUGAUCGAAAUUGACAUUAUUGCAUAAAUACCAGAGCUAUAAAUGCUAGAUUAUUGAAGAAUUAAAAUAGUUACACUGCUGUAGAUUGAUUUUUUCUCUCUCUCUCUCUCUCUCUUUCUUUUCAACAUUGUGUAUGUGAUUUUUUUUUUUUUUUGAUAAGAUUUUUUUUAUUUUAGUUUUGUAUAAAUUAACAUCAGCUGUCAUUUUCUUACUGAAUGUGGAAGAAUUGAACAAAAAGCUCAAGAUAUUAUUUGUUAGUUUGACAAAAAAAACGAAAGGAAAUGCAUAUAAAUUUGAAAAAAAAAAAAGUGCUGUCGGAGCCUCGGACACUAACAGGAGUGAAGUUGAAACGAGAGAUGAUGAUGAAGAAGAGAGGACGAGAGUGGAGAACUCGCGUGCCUGUAUGGCCUCAUGGGCCCUGAGCUUCCCAGUAUACAAUAGGUUGGUGCAACAGCUAGUAGAAAGGGUUGAGAUUUAUUAUUUUUUCUUGCCAACAGCGCGCGCUCCUCGUGCCGUUUUGCACGGUGGUACUUUUACCUUUUGCACUCUAAAAUGUGAAAGAAAAAAAAUUUAUCAACUGUGGGAUUGUUGGGGGGGGGUGUUUUCCUGAGACAGUUUUUUUGUUGGUUUUUUUUCCCCCUCCUGCUUUUGUUUUAUGCUGGCUUCUACUAUCGUACUUGACCGCCUUAAACUACUGUUAACAGCCUACUGAUGCUCAGAGCGGGAGAACUGGAACUGGCAAGUUACGGGAUGUAUUUUUAUUUCACUUCUGUUCACUGGCAAUGAAGCUGUGAAAUGGAGUAUGAAGCAUGUCCACAAAACAGAUGAACCUUUAGUUUACUUGAAAACUGGAAACAGCCAGUGUGAAGACGAACAACAAAAUUUAAACCGAGUGUGUAGGAGGUGGGAGAGAAUAAAAAUAAAGUUAUGUCAAAAAAAAAAA